CUCUCUCCUCCCUCUCUCUCAAACUCAAACCGGUAUUCUUCCCUGCAUGGCAAAGGAAACUUAGCAACUCAUUCUGAGCACCCUCUGGUUUGAUCUCCACAAGAAAAAACCAAAUGCCAUUUAUCUUUGGAAGUUCUUUUACAGUUUACUCUCUCUCUUUCUCAACUUUUUCUAGUUUAUGUUUAAUACCGCUGAUAAGCCUCAGUUUCUGCAAAUUUUAUAUCAUGUGUUCUCUUUUGAAAUCUGAAAAAUAAUUCUAUUGGUUAAAAGAUCCCAUGGCUCUUCUCUUAUGUGAACUUCUUCAAUUUCUUCAUGAAAUCCAACCAUGGUAAUUCUCUUCUACCUAUCUUUGCCAUUUAUUUCGCAUUUUACAGGAGCCCAUUCUUUUUACACUCUAAAACACCUAACAAAAUUUCAUGCCCAUCUCUCUAAGUAUGAAGCCACCGCAACCAUGCACCGGAAGGAGAGAAUCCCUUCAAAGAAACAUAUGGAAAACCCUGCAAAUUCCAUGGACUUGGAUGACGCUUACUAUGUUCAACUCAUACACCGGCUUUGUAUGUCUGGUCGAUAUCGAGAAGCGCUAGAGUUUGUUCAGUACACAGUAUCUAUAGGCCACCCACCCAAUGUCCCAGCUUGUACCAGGCUCAUUCAGGGUCUCUGUAGAACUAAGCAGGUUGAUAAGGCGAUUAGGGUCAUCAAACUCUUACUGGCUCAUGGACUUAGGCCUCAUCCGUCAGCUUCUUCAGCUAUGAUUGAGGGGCUCUGUAAAACCCAUCAGUUGGAAUUGGCUGUGAAUAUGGCAGAAGAUGCAAGCUCCCUUGGUUUUCCCCUUGAAUCUGUUACAUAUGACACAGUAAUUAGAACACUUUGUGAUAAUGACCAAAUAGACGAAGCAUUACAGGUUCUUAAUCAGUUAUUGGAGAAAAACAUUUGCCCUGAGCCUUUGACUUAUAAAAUUUUGAUUGAAAAGGCUUGCGACGGGAGUGGCGUUGAUAAGGCUAUGGAGAUUCUCCAUUUGGUGUUGGCAGAAGGUCAUGUCCCUGAUCAUUUUGUUUAUAAUUUUAUCAUUGAAAGGUUGUGCAAAGAGGAGAGGUUUGAGGAAGCAGACCAAUUCCUCAAGAACAAGCCUGAAUUGGAUUCUUAUAGUUACUGUAUUUUGCUUGGUAGUUACUGUGAUCUUCAGAGAUGGGAGGAUGCGGCAGGGGUUAUAUUGGAGAUGACCCAAUCUGGGCUUGAUCUCGACUCUCUCACCUGCAACACCGUGAUCAAAUCAUUUUGUAAUGUUGGACUUUUGAGCCAUUCUAUUUUGGUUUUGGAAGAGAUGAUUGCUAGGGACAUUCCUACCAAUACAAAAACUUAUGACCUGUUGAUAAGGGCAUUGUAUAGAGAAGGCAGGAUCGAUAUGGCCUUGGAAUUGCUGGAUUGCUUGUUUUCUAAGGAUCCCAUUUUCAUUAGAAAGAGCUAUAAUUCAUUGAUAUCCUUUCUAAGCAAAACUGGUAAAAUUGAACAGGCUUUGGAAAUUAUUCUUAGACCUCGUAGAGAAGGCACCUGCUCUCCUGAUGUUUCCUCUUACAAUACUGUGAUCACUGCCUUAUGCACCGCUUGGAAUAUGGAGAUGGCAGUGGAGCUCAUGGAUGCCAUGACUAGAGAGGGACUUGCUCCUGAUGUAGAUACCUAUAACAACUUGAUGAAGGGAUUUUGCAGAGAUGGGAGGCUAAAAGAUGCAAUGAGGCUUAUCAAGGAAAUGGAAUAUGGGAAGUGUAAACCUAUAAUUGGGAACUAUAAUUCUUUGAUAAUUGCCCUUUGUAAACUACAUGAUAUAGACAUGGCCAUUGAUAUCUUGGCUGAUAUGGUUAAUAAGGGGUUUAAGCCCAAUGAAACGAUAUACAUGGCCAUUAUAAAGUGUAUAGCUCAAAGUGGGGACAGGGAUUUGGCCAAGAACUUGCUUUAUGAGCUUGUUGUUAGAGAUGCAGUUUCCCCUGGUACUCCGAAAUGGUUGGCUUAUCUCUUUUGUUCUCCCGGAAAGAGGAACCGGCGAUAAUGUUAAUGGUUUUGUUGUGAGAUAUAUACUGUUUAUACUUGCUCUUAUGUUUAACAUGGUCAGCCAUCAUGACAGUAAUGAAGUUUGAGAAUAAGUUGAUUUUUUA